UACCCACCAACCACAUUUCCGUCAUCAACUGUCAAUUACAUAGGCAUUUGUUAAUGUCUUUAAUUGUCUAAGAUCAGGAGAGGUCGGCAGAAUACGUCGUUUCAUUCGUAAAGAUAAAGGUGUAGAGUGAUGAUACAAUAAUUAUUAUUAACAAUGAGACGAUAUUAUUACAUAAGUUUAACUCUGUUUUGGAUUAACAUUUUAUUUGCGAGUGCCGUCAGAAAAGAUAUCUGUGAACAAUGUGUAAAAAUUGAAGAGUGCCCAUCGUUUGCACAUUUGAAUAAACAUGAACAGCAGGUGUGGUUGGAACAAGUCCCUUGUGAAGGGCAACAAGCGAUAGAGGCAACAACGAUUUUUGGAUUUUCACCCGUCGCUAAAGGGGACUAUGUAUGUUGUCCAAAGUCAAAUAUUUGGGAAAAUAAGGAUAAUAACGGAGGUUUUAGCUUAAUUGCUGAGAAUAUUAAUAAAACGGCCAAUAAAUCAAAUAUAAUAAGACCGAAUAACACCGGUAAACGAGAAAAUUUACAACAGUUAUAUCAAAACCAAUACCCUGGCCAAGAUUAUAACAGCAAUAUCUAUGAACCCAAUAAUCCUAAUUAUCAAAACCAAGUUUAUGAUAAUCGAAAUCCAUACGGGCAAAAUCACGGACAAAAUUAUGGACAAAAUGGGCAGAACAAUCUUUACGGGAGAAAUCCAAAUUAUGCUCAAUAUCCAAGCGAUGGCAAUGUGUGGAGCGAUCCAAGGCAACCAGGGGUGAUGACUGUUAAUCCUGGCCAGAAUCAAAACGCAUGGCAAAAUCCUAACGGUUAUCCACAACAGCAACCGCAACAACGGAAUCCAUAUUAUAACAAUGGCAAUGGAAAUGGAAAUUCUUUCAGUAGACCAAAUUCAGGCAACCAAUGCGCAGCGCAAACAAUAUUGCCAGAUCCUCAGACUCAAUGCUGUGGCCGCGACAUGUCGAACACCGCUACUAUUACAGACUUACAAAAUCUUUUAAACAUUUAUGCACCCUCUGAUCAUCAGUCUUGGCCAUCUCAAAACAGACCUCAUCGGCAACCUCAUCAAACUCGGCCUUUAUACCCACAAAGACAGAAACUAUCCGAAAAUAAUACAGAAGUGGAAAUUAACCUGGAUGACAGAAUAGCAGGUGGUAAAGAAACAGAGCUAGAUCAGUUUCCUUGGACAGUACUUUUAAAGAUGACAUUCAAACGUGGCAACAAGAUGUCAGUAUUUAAUUGUGGAGGAUCUUUAAUUAGUCGGCGAUAUGUGCUUACCGCUGGACAUUGCGUCUUCGAACAAGGAGCUGUAUUAACUGGCAUCAAUGUGACACUAGCCGAAUAUGACAAGAGAACUUUCCCCAGAGAUUGCAAGUACGAUUUAGGAAGGAAGCCAAAAUGUAUUGAUAACGUCUUGAUGUUUGCCGAAGAGGUAAUACUUCACCCGCAGUAUGAUGAUGAACAGCUUCAUAAUGAUAUAGCACUCGUAAGACUUCAGGGAUAUGCGCCUUACACAAGAUUUAUAAGGCCCAUUUGCCUUCCACCUAUCAACAUAGAUAACGACGACCUUUCAAAUCUACCCCUAGCUGUAGCUGGAUGGGGACGCAACGGAAAAUAUGUAAGCCCAAUAAAACAGUCAACUGUGGUGCAUUUAGUACCUCAUGACCAAUGUCAGGAAGCUUACCGGUAUUUAAGCAACUCACACCUCUGCGCAGCCGGCCGUACUGGCGAAGAUACAUGCAAAGGUGAUUCUGGAGGACCCCUUAUGAUGCUGUUCAGAGAAAGUUACUAUGUAAUUGGUGUAGUCAGUGGAAAAAGAGCGGAUACACCUUGCGGAUCAUCAGUGCCGUCGCUUUACACAAAUGUUUACCUUUAUGUUCCAUGGAUUAAGAGUAAUAUAAAAAACUAAUAUUUCUGUAUAUGAUUUACGUAGUUGUAGAGUAAGACAAUAAUGUAUGCAGUAAAUUGAAUUAUUGUACAAGUUAAAUCCAUCCUAAUUAAUCGAAAUCCUUACUAAUAAUAUAAAUCAGAAAGUGUGUCUGUUCGUGCAUUACUAUUACACCGAUCGAUAUCUAUGAUACACAAUGUAUGAUAUUUAUAACAAAAAUAAUACCCGUAUCUGUUUGUUAUAAGCCUCUUUUCAGGCCAGAGCACGUUUGGAACUCUUGCAUCUUUAGUUUUAAAUAAACGAAACUAGUAGUUAUUAUAUUAGAAACAAUUG